AUGUCUGCUGCACUUAUCAACAGAUCCCUCACAAACAUCAGAACAGAGUUGGAGUUUCUCGUGGACCUGGCGGUCAUUGACGAAAAACUCAUGGCCGCUUUGCUGGAGGCGCUUCCUCCAAGGUACUCCAAGGGGAUGGAAACAUGGGGCCCUGAGAAGUUGAGGAAAGGAGCUGAAGCUGAAAACAGUGACGUGGCAAAAAGCGAUGAGAAGAACGGCGGCGAUGUCGCCUUGGUCCUGCAGAAGUUGUCUGAAACAUCGAUUCAGGAAAAGAUAUCGCCUCCAGCAAAUGCUGUGGCUAGGUUGCCUCCAAGAAAACCGGCAGCGCCUGUGGGCUUCUGCAAAGCGUUGUACAACUACGAGCCCCAAGAAAAGGACGAUUUGCGCUUGGUGAGAGACGAUAAAUUGGCGGUUGUGGAGCACCUUUCGCUGGACUGGUGGAAGGGAUACAAGCAGGGAGAGGGUCCUGAUAGAGCGGGCGUGUUUCCCUCGAAUUACGUUAGUGUGAUUUCAGAGUCUGAGUUUGAGCAGCUGGAGAAGGCUCAGUUUGAAAAUCGCUAUGCUUCUCCUUCGCCUGCUGCUCCUCCAUACGAUCAGGUGGUGCCCCAGCCCACUUACCCUCAGUACCCUGUUUACAACAAUGGUGGCUUCUCUCCUCAGGGCCAGCAGAUGCAGCCUUCGUAUGGAGGCUACGCCCAGUACCCUCCUCCCUCGACAAACUACUACCCACAACAACAAUUACAGCAGCAGCCUCAAGAGCAGCAGGUUGUUGAAGGCUCGCUGCAUCACGGCAAGGCUCAUGACGAGGUGAAGAAGUUUGGAGGUAAACUUGGAAAUGCUGCCAUCUUCGGUGCUGGUGCCACCAUCGGCUCCAACAUUGUCAACUCCAUCUUUUAA